GCGACUUGCAACGGGGAUCAGCAAAACUAAAUAUUUUUUACAAACGCGCAUGCGUCCUGCUUUUCUUGGAGUGAAAAAAAUAGCGCCAAACUGACGAGGGAAACGCCGGAAGAGGACGUAAAGAGCGAAAUGGAGGAAGCAAACACGGAAAACGAGGAAAACAAUUAUAUAAUAGUUAUUCCGUCCCCGAUUAUUCGGCCACACAAAAGAAAGAAUUGCCAGUUGGUCCGAAGUGAAGCAGUAGCCAGAAAAGAAAAAUUUCCUUCUGGCCAGCGACCUGAUGAUGGAUGUGCAAUUUUUCAAGAUGAUGGUGGAGAGUCAGAUUCUGAUUCUCAAAGAACCUAUUUCUCUGGCGCUGAUGAUAUCAGCCAAUUAAAUGAAGACUGGUUGGAAAAAGACUUCGUUAGCUAUGAAACUGCCAACAACAAUUCUUCUUUCCCUACCUGUAAAGGUCUUGAAACAGAAAAGGAACAAAAUGAUGAUGAAGGCAGAAAUUGCACUCAGCAAAAGCAGAGCAUGCUCAACAGUCUGAAGAGGCCGAGCAAGAGGAAACUCAAUAUGCUGAGCAAAGUAGUAAAACCAAAAGUAUUUCAGAGGAUGACCAAUCAUGAUGAAAUCGUCAUUUUGGAGAGUCAGUUGAGCAUAAUGCAGCAUCAAUUGAGCUCUAAGAAUGUUCCUUUGGGGCAUGAUGAAGUUGUGGAUGUAGAAGCAACAAUCUCAGAAAUUGACGAAAAGAUAGAUUUGCUUGGAAGCAAAGGAAGCAGGUCGGAGAAAAUGAGGCUUCAAAGAAUCACAGCGCAGUUCUGUAACUUGAAGGAUAACUUGAGAAAUGCUCUAAACACAGAAGCAGCUGGAAUUUGUUCUAAUAAGCAGCCACAAUUUCUGCCUAUACCUGCAGAGGUGCCAGAAGGCAAGGACUUGCCUUCGCUAAAAGUGUUGAUGGAAGCAGACCUGCUCAAUCCUGGUGAAUCAAAUUUAUCCUUGAGACUUCCGACGAUGAGGCUGACUGCCCAAGGGAGCUUAAGAGCUGAUGCUUCAAUCGUCACUUCCAACUCACAGGUUUACUCAAGCGUAGAGGACUGGUGCCGUGCCUUUUCCUCCAGCAAAGUAAUAACUGGAGGCAUGGCAUUUGAUUACGUCCGCUAUAAUAGAAAGGACAAUCUAACAAGAAUUUGGAAGAGAUUAAAAGAGAGAAAGAAACAAGAAUCACAGAAAGCUGUCGGAAAUAAAAAACUUCCCGGAAGACCAAGACCCAGAAAGAGCCUCCUUGUUGAGGAGAGAAAUCAGCCUGACCUGGAACCUGAAAGCCCUUCCUUCGAUAUGCAACAAUUUUCUGGUGCUUUGACUUCUGUGGAAUUUCCUGGCGAUCUGCUAACUGACGCGGAACAAAAUGACCCAAUAGUCCAAAGUCAGGCAGGACCGAUAAAUUUGGAGAAGUCCCAAUCAGACGCAGGGAGCAACAAUACUUCCGAAGAAAUGGAAUCAAACCCACAAACCCCAUCAAUUUGGGUUAUUGCUGAGAUAGAACAGGAAAAAAUUUUUAAAAUGUGGAAGAAUCAUGUGGAAUUUCUGAAACAAAAGCAUAUUUUGUGUGAACCAAGUUCUGGCUAUGGACAGAUCUGACGAGAGGACAGCUGGUGAUAAUAAAAAU